GAUAUCUCGGACACUAAUGUAUAUGUUGGAGGAUUGCCACCAAGCUAUGACGACCUUGACCUCCGCAACCUGUUCAAACAAUUCGGUGAAAUCGUGAACUGCAAUGUGCUCAAGGACAAGAACACUGGUCUGAGCAGAAACUUUGGCUUUGUUCACUUCACGAAGCCAGGCGAUGCUUACGCUGCCAUCCAGUCGAUGAACGGCAUGCAAGUAGACGGCAAGACGCUGCAAGUGAGACUG